CUAAAUAUGUAAACAAUGUUUUAAUCUCCCUUUUAACCAAAAAUUAGAUGCAAAACGGAUAAAAUUAAACCCAUGAACAAUUAAAUUCCUUAAUCAUGUUAAAAGAUGUUAACACGGUAAUAUCAUCCAGUACUUAUCUGGCAGCUCAGUUAUGCAGAAACUUGCAAACCGCAAAAAAUGGUCCUGGGUGGUAAAACAAUGUUCCUGGUGACACAUUGCAGCUGCAGGUUUACUCUAAUACCAUAAUUGGAUAAAGGGAAUAUAGAAGCGUAUAGGCUAUGGUCGGCAAUUCAACUCUGAAAAGCAAAGUUAAAACCCGGAAACGGUGCUUGAAAGUGAAAUCUCAUCAUAACAGCUUACAGAUGAUACAGAAUUGCAUUGCUCAAUGUAUAAUGUGCGUGAUAAUGGUAAAGCUGGGCUGGGAAAGACUGCUAGGCUGUGUGAGUGUGUUAGCGUCAAUUCAGAUUAGAUCUCAAAAUACUUUGCUCAAAAUCAUUCAAAGCGCGGACAGAGAGAAGAAAAUCAUGUACCCAAAUUAGAAGGCAGAACACAAGUUGUUGUCCAAGCAGGUCGGCCAGGUCGACUUUUGAGGGCUUCAAACAUGCUGCAGUUGUUUUCAACAACUCUAGUAUUCAGAAAACGGUAACGAACUACGACUGUACUCACGUGCAGAUCUAAUGGAACUAACAGCACUUUGCAACAAAUGGGACUUCCCUCAUUCAAACAAAAAAAGGAAUUAGACAAUUGGACUUGAAUGCACUGCGCGUGCUAAUAAUAUUCCGCGUGUGACGUAAGUACGUAACAGUUGCCCUGGUUUCGACGUGACGGGAAAAGAAUGGCGGCGAUGGCCGGCUCUCCUGUACCGGUAGCAGCUUCCACUCCCUCUAAGGUCCGUAAUAAGAAGAGACCGACAAGUCCAGGAAACAGUGGCAGUACAACUGCGAAGAAGAAGAAAACAGGGCAGACUGCCACAUUGGAUUCUAUUGGUGAGAAUAAAAGUGUGGCUGCAGAUUCUAGUCCAGGACAUGUAGAGUCUGCAGUAAAACCUCUGGCCUUUAAGGAUCCAAAUUUUGUUCAUUCUGGCAUUGGCGGUGCAGGUGCAGGCAAGAAGAGCCGUGUCUGGAAAAAUCUGAAACAAAUUCUUGCAGCAGAGAGAAUGCUACCAUGGAAGCUAAACGAUCCGAACUAUUGCAGCAUAGAUGCUCUUCCUUCCUUUAAACCAGCCAAAAAGUACUCAGAUAUUUCAGGACUUCCUGCUAGUUAUACAGACCCACAAAGCAAACUUCGGUUUAGCAGCACAAAGGAGUUUUCAUAUAUCCGGAUGCUUCCUUCAGACAUUGUGACUGGUUAUUUGGCUUUAAGGAAGGCAACAAGCAUAGUACCAUGAAAUAUUACAUGGAAUAUUUUUAAGAUAACUGAAAAUAAGCUCAGAUACCAGAAAUUUGCAGUGACUUAUGACGUUUUGGAGUUCAUGUGUUCUCUACUGAAAAUUCAAGUAACUUGUUUUAAUAACAAUGACCUGAAGUGAAUUAAUAACAGAAAUGUGAAGAUACCUUUUCAAACUACAGAUCCAUGAGUGGAAAUCUCUUGGGAGUAUAAAAUAUGCUUAAUGGACGGUUCAUAUUGUAAUUUUUUUCUGUAAGCCAUUUAGUUUUGAAAGCUGUUAUCAUAAGAUCUUCAAAUGGGAAAGCUUGUUUAAAAAUCUCAGCACCUGCCAGGCACAGUUGUGUUGUGAUCAGUGGCAAAAAUUCCAUUAUAUGGCCCUGUAUCAAAGACUUGUUGAAACCAAGUACGCAUUCUGGAGCAAAGUCAAUGAAAUGAGGUGGUAUAGUAAAAAUGUAAAUGUCUAUGAUUAGAUUUUUAGCUCACUAGAGAAAUGAUCUGAGGACUGGAUGUCUACAGAAACACACUUCAAGCUGUUAAUUUUUUUUCAUUCCUUGGUCCAUUAGCAUUAUGAACAUAGAAGUACAGAAAUCUGUGCCACUGAACAAAUCCAUUCAGUCCACAGUGUUCUUGCUGUGUAGGAAACAGACAAUUAACUUAAUUCCAAUUCCUGAUUUUGGCCCAUUGUUCUGUAGGUUAUUUCAAGCACUCAUCUAAAUGCUUUUUAUAUGCAUCAAGUUUCUGCCCUUGUCAGUUUUUCGAGCACGAAGUUUCAGAUCUCUCACAUAUUGUAUGUGGAAAAACAUUUCCUCAACUCUUUUGCAAACCUCUUUCCAAUUACCUAGUUAUUGACCUCACAGCCAGAGGAAACAGGUCCUUACCGUCCACUCCAGUUUAUCACAAUUUAGUGCACUGCAAUUAAAUUUUCUGUAAGCUCUUCCUUUCCUAAAGAAAACAAUUCCAGCCAGACAAAUUCAUUUUCGGAGCCUAAAUGUUACUUUACUGACAAUGCUGAAAAUUAUAUUGAUUUGUACCCUACAAUGCAGAGACUCUAAAACAGAUAAAAAGAGAAAAUACUGGAUGUACUCAGACUUAAGGCAAGUAUGAAAACCCACAGCAAAGUUUCUUCUUCCCCUAGGGUAUUCCUUUUAUUGCCUGACCAAUAUUCAGUUUUACCUUGAUCUUUCAAGUUUUGUAUCCGUUAGUUUGAUCAACAAAAGAAAAUCUCUGCCUUAAUGUUAUUUAUGUGUCCUCCUUCCAGUGGUCUGUGAACAUAAAUAUCAAGGGCAAUCUGUUCCAACAAACCUCAAUAUUAUUUAUUGUGCAUUCUUGUUUGCCUUCCAGAUGUAUUUUAGGCUUUUCACACUUUAAUUCAUUUUGCUGAUUUUACUUUCUCUCUGUUCAUCCAACAAGACAGUCAAUACCUGCUUUGUCUUCUCAGAGCUGCAGUCAUUUUGCAUACUCUUGAAAACAAUUUGUCUACUUUACAGAAUUACGAAAAGGUUACGGCAUAAGAAACACACAUCAAAGUUGCUGGUAAACGCAGCAGGCCAGCCAGCAUCCGUAGG